CAGGCACGGGGUGCUCGAUCCUGUAUCAUGUGACAGGUAGUGACCCACUUCAGUCGUUACAGUAAUUCACUCAGAAGUGUUAGAAAGACGGACAAAGGCCACAUCAUGAGCGGUGCAUUUAAAAACUGUCGAACGAUAAUGAUAACGGGAGCAAGCCGCGGCCUCGGUUUGCAAAUGGUAGAGACUCUGGUUUCUGGAAACUUCUCUCCUGGAAAAAUUAUAGCAACCGCCCGUAAUCCAGCCGGAGCCCAGGAAUUGCAAAGUUUGGCUGGAAAAUAUCCCAGUAUUCACAUUAUCACUCUUGAUGUAGUAAACCAGGAGAGUAUAGAGAGAGCAGCGCAAGAGGUUGACCAGUUGGUGCAAGAAGAUGGACUGAAUUGUUUGAUCAACAAUGCUGGCAUCAAUGUAGUGGCCAACUUUGAGACGGUUACUGCUGAGAAAAUGUUGGAUAACUUCCACACCAACUCGGUGGCCCCAUUGAUGAUCACCAAGGCUUUCCUUCCUCUACUGAGGCGAGCUGCUGCCAAGGGCACAGGCAUGGGCAUUCACAGAUCUGCGGUCAUCAACAUCACCUCACUACUGGGCUCCGUGGAACUCAACUGGGGCGACCGUGGCAACACCUUCAAGUGGUACCCCUACAGGACAUCAAAGAGUGCACUGAACAUGGUGACCCGGUGUAUGGCAGUGGACCUGGAGGAUGAUGGGAUUCUGUGCAUGGCGUUGCAUCCUGGCUGGGUCCGCACAGAUAUGGGUGGGCAAGAGGCCCCACUGAGUACAGAGGAGAGUAUCUCAUCAGUGCUGUCCGUGAUUGGAGAGUUGACUGCAAAGGAUCAUGGGUCAUUUCUACACUACACAGGGGAGACAUUACCAUGGUGAUCUAGAGAAAAUAGGUUUACAUAUUGUAGGAUAUUUAUGCUAUGCGUUGCUUUUGUACUCUUAGUUGCAGGAGUUUGUUAAGAGUGUCAUGUUUUGAUCUGGAUCAGAUUUACAUGUAUAGAGUUCUUGGGAAUGAAGGAAAUUGUAGAUAAGUAUGAAUCCAGUGGGAUUCCUAGAAAUCAUGUUUGGUGCAGUAAAGAUGCGCUUGUAUUGCAUAAUCCUCCAUUAAAACAUAUUUAUGUUUUCAUAUUUUGAAGGUUCAGCAUCUCAAAACCAAACAAAAUGUUAUGUAACUAGAUGUACCGCAUAGCGGUACAAAAUAUGACCGCCGCUCAGUCC